CCUAAAGAAGUGGCUGACAUUUUUAACGCCCCCAGUGAUGAUGAAGAUUUCGUUGGCUUCCGAGAUGAUGUUCCCAUGGAAACCCUCUCAUCAGAAGAGAGCUGUGAUAGUUUUGACUCGCUGGAGUCAGGGAGAAAGCAGGAUGUGCGUUUUCAUUCCAAGUACUUCACGGAAGAGCUGAGAAGAAUUUUUGUAGAGGACACUGACUCAGAGAUGGAAGAUUUUGAAGGAUUUUCACAGAGCGAUCUGAACAUAAACAAUGACCCAGGAGAAAUCACGGAGUCACAUUUGAGUGAUGACAGCAAAGCAUCUUUAGUGAGUGAGGAAGAGGAAGAUGAUGAAGAAGAAAAGGCUACACCUAGAAGAAGCAGGCCUAGAAGAAGCAGUAUCGGGCUUAGAGUAGCCUUUCAGUUCCCUUCCAAGAAAUUGGCAAAUCAGUCAGAUAAGAAGAACAGUUCCUCUGAGCCAUCACGUUCUAGCUUACAGGACAAUAACAAGACAGUUCUGGGAAGGCAGGAGAGCUGCAGACAGAGGAAGCAGAGGGAAGAUUCUGUGUCUGAGUCAGAGGAUGACUCCAGGGAUGAGGGCCAGGAGGGCUCGGAUGCCCUGUUGAAAAGGACCAUGAACAUCAAGGAGAACAAAGCCAUGCUUGCUCAGUUACUAGCAGAAUUGAAUUCUAUGCCAGAUUUCUUCCCAGUACGAACCCCAAACUCAGCUUCGAAAAGAACCAUGCGGCGGGCCUUCUCAGAGGGACAAAUCCCGCGGCGCAUGAACCCUACCCGGAGUGCGCGACCUCCGGAGAAGUUUGCCUUGGAGAACUUCACUGUCUCAGCUGCCAAAUUUGCAGAAGAGUUUUACAGUUACAGAAGAAGGAAGACAAUUAGUGGGGGUAAAUGCCAGGGGUAUAGACGUCAUCGCAGUGUCUCCUCUUUUCGGCCAGUGGAGGACAUCACUGAAGAGGACUUAGAAAAUGUGGCCAUAACUGUCCGAGAUAAAAUCUAUGAUAAAGUUCUGGGCAACACUUGCCAUCAGUGUCGGCAGAAGACUAUUGACACCAAGACUGUGUGUCGGAACCGGGCCUGUGGUGGUGUGCGGGGGCAGUUCUGUGGGCCCUGCCUGAGGAACCGCUAUGGGGAAGAUGUGAGAUCUGCUCUGCUGGACCCGGAUUGGAUGUGUCCUCCUUGCCGGGGGAUCUGCAAUUGCAGCUACUGUCGGAGGCGUGACGGCCGCUGUGCCACGGGGAUCCUCAUUCAUUUGGCCAAGUUUUAUGGGUACAGUAAUGUUAAGGAAUAUCUAGAGAGUGGAGGUGGAGGCUCAGCGCUGCUGGCCAGCAGGAGCAUCCCAUCUCUUCAAGACUCUCAAAGAAUUUAA